UUAUAAACGGCCUCCGCAUUCACUGCCUGUGCGCGCUCCCUGGGAGCGUGCGGCAAUGCGAUCGGGUGCCCUCUGUGUCCUCCGGACACAGUGGAACACUGAUCGCUGUACGGGACCUCUGUGUGAGGUCCCGAUUCAUGUGAUCAUUGAAUGGCCAAUCAGUGAUCACAGGAACAGUAGUAAACAAGAUGUCACUUCCUGACAUCAUUGCUUACUACUUGUGAAAUCUGUGAAUGAUCACAGAGGUCACAUGGUACAAGGCUAUUCACAACAGCCUUGUUCCAUGUGACAAGCUGUGACCAAUCACAGCUCAC